AGCCCAAACAAGAAAAGACCUCAAAAGAGGAACAGCAUAGCCAUUUCUCUGGUUCUGUGAGAAGCAAACACAGCUUGUGGAACGAGAAAGAGAACGAUUUGGACUGUUAGCAAAAAAUGGGGAAACCAUUGGGGACAACGGGAGAGUUCUUUAAGCGAAGGGACGAAUGGAGGAAGCAUCCGAUGCUCACCAAUCAGUUCCGCCACGCAACUCCUGGUCUUGGCAUCGCCAUUGUCGCCUUCGGCAUCUACCUUGUUGGAGAACAAGUCUACAAUAAGCUUUAUGCUCUUUCGCCUACCCACCACGCCUCUUCGUCUUCUCACUCUCACUGAUUUUUAUCCAUCAGUGUUAUUUUGCGCUUUUCAGAUGGACAACUGGUGGAAUGUUCAAGCUUGGACUCUCCAUUAUACUUGCCUUCAUAGUAACUUGGAUCAAUAAGUUCUCAUGUGAAAUUGAGACUUUUAACUCUUAUAGUUUCUUUGGUGUGUUUGGAUAUGGGACAUGCAUUUGAGAUGUUUUAUAAAAUGUUUUAGGUUGCUCUCUGGUCUGUUGGAACCCCUGAAAAUGCUACUUAAUGCUUUAGAUUUAUGUGGCCUGAUAAUAGUUGAUCCUUUUUUUUUUUUUU